AUGUCGGUCCAGACCGUUUCCAUCACACCCUUCAGCGACCAGAAGCCCGGAACCUCUGGUCUGCGCAAAAAGGUCAAAAUCUUCCAGCAAGAGAACUACUCCGAGUCGUUCAUCACCAGCAUCCUCCUUUCCAUCCCCGAGGGCGCUCAGGACGCCUUUCUCGUCAUCGGUGGCGAUGGCCGCUACUACAACUCCGACGUCAUCCAGAAAAUCGCCAAGAUUAGCGCUGCCUAUGGUGUAAAGAAGCUUCUCAUCGGUCAGAAUGGCAUUCUGAGUACCCCGGCCGCUAGCAACCUCAUUCGCCGUAGAAAGGCGACUGGUGGUAUUCUGCUGACUGCUAGUCAUAACCCCGGUGGCCCCGAGAACGACUUCGGUAUCAAGUACAACCUUACCAACGGUGCCCCCGCCCCCGAACAAGUCACCAACAAGAUCUACGAGGUCGCCAAGUCCCUCACCUCCUACAAGUACAUUGACAUCCCCGAGGUCGAUACCACAACCAUUGGCUCACGCAGCUAUGGCCCUCUCGAGGUCGAGAUUGUCCACUCGACCGAGGACUACGUCGACAUGAUGAAGGAGAUCUUCGACUUUGACCUCAUUCGCAACUUCCUCAAAAAACACCCCGACUUCAAGGUCCUUUUCGACGGUAUGCACGGCGUCACGGGCCCCUACGGCAUCGAUAUCUUCGUCAACGAGCUCGGCCUCCCCGCCAGCAGCACGAUGAACUGCAUCCCCAAGCCAGACUUUGGCGGCGGCCACCCUGACCCCAACCUCGUGUACGCUCACGAGCUCGUUGAGGCCGUCGACAAGAACGCGAUCCACUUUGGCGCAGCCUCUGACGGUGACGGUGACCGCAACAUGAUCUACGGUGCCAAUACUUUCGUCUCCCCCGGCGACUCCCUCGCCAUCAUUGCACACCACGCGAAGCUCAUCCCAUGGUUCCAGAAGCGCGGCGUCGACGGUCUUGCACGGUCAAUGCCUACCUCGGGUGCUGUAGACCUCGUCGCCAAGGCACAGGGCCUGCAGAGCUACGAAGUCCCCACGGGCUGGAAGUUCUUCUGCAACCUCUUCGACAAUGGCAAGAUGUCCAUCUGUGGUGAGGAGAGUUUCGGCACGGGCAGCAACCACAUCCGUGAGAAGGACGGUGUGUGGGCAAUUGUCGCGUGGCUGAAUAUUAUUGCUGGCGUUGCUGAGCAGAAGCCCAACGAGACACCUAGCAUUGCCUCAAUCCAGCACGAGUUCUGGGAAACAUACGGCCGCACCUUCUUCACCCGCUACGAUUACGAGAACGUCGACUCCGAGGGCGCGAACAAGCUCAUCGCGAACCUCUCCGCGCAGGCCGUCGACAACAAGGAGUCUUUCGUGGGCAGCACAAUCUCCGGUCGCAAGGUCGUUGACUCCGGUAACUUUGCGUACACUGACCUUGACGGCAGCGUCACAAAGAACCAGGGUCUGUACGUGAAGUUCGAUGAUGGAAGCCGCCUUGUUGUUCGUCUUUCCGGAACAGGAAGCUCCGGCGCGACGAUCCGCUUGUAUGUCGAGAAGUACGAGGGUGAUAAGAGCAAGUACCACCAGGAUACGCAGGAGUACCUCAAGGAUCCUGUCGGUCUUGCGCUGAGCUUGCUGAAGUUCAAGGAGUAUGUUGGGCGCGAGGAACCCGAUGUUAAGACUUAA